UUUUCUCCUAUUGUUUUAGCGAAGCGAUUAAGUGAUUAAUUUCAAAGUUGAGAUAAAAGUUGGGGUAAGUUCGGCAUGAUGGGGCAUACCGGAGUAGCUCUAGCUCUGGUUGUUGCUUUGUUUUGCCCGGCGCUUGCUCAUCGAGCUAUUGGGGAAAGAUCAAAAUGUGUGAGUUCUUCAAGGACGAUCUACGACACACCGUUCAACUUCACUAUGCUUAAUGGUACCACUGUACCGUUGUCCAAGUUUAGAGGGGAAAUCUUAAUGAUUGCCAAUCUUGCCUCCUUCUGAGGGGCAAACUGGCAAUAUCCUCUCUUCAAUGCACUGCAAGAACUUGAAGGAGUCACUGUCCUCGGGUUCCCAUGUAACCAGUUCGGUCUUCAGGAACCUGGGGCUAACUCUGAGAUUCUCAAAAUACUUGAACACGUAAGACCCGGUGGUGGUUUCCAACCCAAUUUUCCGAUGUUUGAAAAACUUGAAGUGAACGGUGAAAACGCUCAUCCUCUCUUUAAGUUUCUAAAGGAUCAAUGCAACGUUGUUACGUCACAAUUCGCACCCAAAGCACGAUUGUUCUACGAACCGAUCCAACCAAACGACAUUGAAUGGAAUUUCCAUAAAUUUUUGGUUGACCAGGAGGGUAGGGCGAGAAGACGCUACCAUCACAAUACACCACCGGAUGCUGCCAUUGUUCGUAAAGACAUCCGAUUCUUACAAAAUAACUAACUCAGAUUAUGAUGUCAUAUAGAUCGGGAUAAAUACUCUUUUGUUACGUAUAUGAUGAUGUCAUUGUAAAUUCCAAAAGGAAAUAAUGACAUUUGAACUUUUAUUGUUACGUCACGUUUUACGUCAUUCGCAGUGCAACGAAAAAUGUGACGUCAAUAUCUGUAACAAAAGUAUGGUAGUUCCCCUUUCUUUUUAGGACGUCAUAAUUAAUAAAGUAACAAAAUUUGG